AUGCUCCUCCAAAUCCAUUCCCUCCUUAUCGUCCUUCCUCUCUUCUCCACUCCUACCUACGCGUAUCCUUCCAGAAGGCAAAGUCAAGUGCAAGAACAAGAUCAAGAAACUGAAAAAUCUACAGGUCUAUACAUAUCUUCCAUCCGAGAUGGCUUAUGUAUAUCAACCAACGAUACUGUCCCUAUAGUAGGUAGCGAGCUCGUAUUGACGGAUUGCGAAGGAGCGGAGACGUGGCAUGUACCCAAUGGAGAAGGACUGUUAGGGUUGGAUACUGUCGGAUUGGUCUGGGAUUCUCAGACAGGUGAGGGUGAUGCAGUAAUUGUCAAUGCACCUGCAAAUCAAACGACAAGUCAUCUCUGGAAAUGGUCAUCCGAUAAUCGUAUAUCUUCAUCAAACGGUUCAGUCUGUCUUCAACACAGUCCAGGAAAACCCAAGAUAGCUGCGUGCAAUCCCAAAAACGUUGAUCAAGUAUGGAUAUUGCGAAUUACCUCUCAACCUCAAUAUUUCGAUGAUAUUGCUAAACAACCUGAUUCGAAUCGGAAUGGAUAUUUCCAUCCCAAGAGUAGAAACGAUAUCUGUCUUUCUGCCAUAUCCAACGCACAAGCUUUUGUGGGAAGUGGAAUAGCGAUGACAUACUGCUCAGGUAAAGGCGAUGGAACUUCUUAUCUCGACGUAUCAACUUCCGAGUCCCUGUUCACUUGGUCCCUUCCACCCGUGAAUCAAAAAGGUCACGUCAAGCUUUCAGCCCAAGAUUUAUGUCUUGAAACUGGUUUGAAGAUGGGAAGUAAUGAUACGGAGUGGAGCUAUAUAUAUGCUAUGGGCCUUACUUUACAGGAAUGUGUUGAUAGGAAGGAAGGACAAGAUUGGAUCUGGGAUGGAGAGAGCCUCAAAGUCGCUAAUGGAGAUUCUAAUCAAUGUCUUAACAUCCUUGGUGGAGCAGGUCCCGUAUCAAUGACCAAUUUCUUGAAUUUACGCCCAAUGCAAUUAUGGACUUGUGAUUCGGAUGAUGAGAAUUCUAAAUUCACAUUAUCGUAA